AUGAGGCCAUCGUUUAAGACAGAGUUUGAUUUUGAAAAGAGAAAAGAAGAAUCAGAGAGAAUAACUAAGAAAUUUGGGAAUAGAAUCCCUUUAAUUUGUGAAAAAGUAGAAAAAUCGGAUGUUCCAGAUAUUGAUAAGAGAAAAUAUUUAGUUCCAGAUGAUUUGACAGUUGGUCAAUUCAUAUAUGUGAUACGAAAGAGAAUACAACUGCCACCAGAGAAAGCUAUUUUCAUAUUUGUUAAUGAUACUCUUCCACCUACAGCUUCUUUGAUGUCUUCUAUUUAUCAACAGUAUAAGGAUAAAGAUGGAUUUUUGUAUGUGACAUAUGCGGGAGAAAAUACUUUUGGUAUGUAA